AUGCGGGUAGUAACAGAUGAUCAAUUCGAAAUGGUGCUAAAAAUCAGCGAUUCCGAGGCUACUACAACUACAACACCCAAACGGAAAAUUUCGAAUUUUGUGUUCUGGAAUCAGACGAGAAUCUUUAUUCUGAUACUUUCCCUAACAUGUCUCACAUUGACUCAAAUCAACUCGCAAAUCUUCACAUUCACUGUGAUCUGUAUGGACGACCUAAUUGUGGAAAACCGGAUGAGUAAUGCGACAGAGCCUCAUUGGAUCGAAGGAACUACAGAAAAGUCGAUUUUAUUCUCGGCUACUGCCGUUGGAGCUCUCGUUGGCCUCAUCCCAUCAGUACCCUUGCUCAACCGUCUCGGCGUCAGACUAACCCUCUCAAUUUGCGGUCUAUGCUCCACACUCGGCACCUUCUUCACUCCAAUCGCCGUUUCUUGGAGUUUCUACCUAGUUGUGUUAUGUAGAGUGUUGCAAGGUCUUGGUAUAAGUGUGAUUCUGACUGUUCUCGGUGUAAUCCCCACUUCCUGGUCCCCAAAAUCUGAGUACAGUACUUACCUGGCCAUUUUGUCGUGUGCUUGGCAGUUUUCCAAUGUAAUUUUCAUGCCGAUUUCGGGAGUUCUUUGUGAUUCAUCAUUGGGUUGGCGGUCUAUUUAUUACGCUUUUGGUGUGCUGACCGGAUUUUUUUAUUUUGUAUUUUACAUGUUCUACACAGACAUUCCAGGAAUUCAUAAAAAUGUGUCUGAAAAAGAAUUGGGUCAAAUCAGUGAGGGUAAACCAGUGCACGCGGUCCGGGAAGCCGUUCCAUACCGGAAAAUUUGCACGGAUCGAUGUGUCCUAGCGGCCUGGGUCAGUUUCCUCGGCGGAAAUCUUGGAUUUAUCACUUUAUUACUGUAUGGACCAACUUAUCUUCGAGAAGUUCUACAAUUCGAUGUACGCUCCACUGGAUAUAUCAAUGCGUUGCCGUAUGCCUUGUGUGCUGUGUAUAAAUUCAGUGCCGGCAAGAUUUCGGAUCGAGUGACGUUUGCGAGUGAUAAGGCCAUCUACACCUUCUGGCUCUUCUCCUCCAUCAUCGGUCUCGGCAUCGGUUACUGUAUCAUGGCGUGGACCUCGGACCGUAUCGUUGCAUUCGUCGCAUUCGCCUUCGCUAUCGUAACCUCCGGAUUGAUUAUAAUGGCGACGGUGAAGUGUCUGGCGAUGAGAUGUCAGCAACACACUCACUUCGCAGUCAGUGCAAUCUCAUUUCUCUCGUAUUGUGUUCAAUUUAUUUCCCCGUUGGGCGUGGGGAUAUUGUGCCCUGAUAAUACACCAGAACAGUGGUCACGCCUCUUCAUCAUUAUCACUGUCAUCAUGAUUGUCACCAAUGUGCCAUUCCCCUGGUUGACAACUCAACACGCGGCUGAUUAUACGAAAAGAAAAGAUUCUAGAGAGUUCUCCAAUGUGGAGAAAUGUUAG